UUGGCUGCUGCUUGCCUCUUGGCUGCUGCUGGCUUCUGCACUGCUGCUGCUAGCCUCUUGGCUGCUGCUGGCCUCUGCACUGCUGCUACUGGCUUCUUGGCUGCUGCUUGCCUCUGCACUGCUGCUAGCUUCUUGGCUGCUGCUUGCUUCUGCACUGCUGCUUGCCUCUGCACUACUGCUGCUAGCCUCUUGGCUGCUGCUGGCCUCUGCACUGCUGCUGGCUUCUUGGCUGCUGCUGGCCUCUGCACUGCUGCCGGCUUCUGCACUGCU